AUGAGGAAUAUCAAAGAAGCACAAUUAUCGAAGCCAAUCAGAUCUGAUCCCAACCAGAGGGAUCCUAACUUAUGGUGCGAAUAUUAUGAGACUCACGGUCACAGAAUUGGGGACUACCGACAUCUGCAUGAAGAUGUGGCGAUGUUGUUGAAGAAUGGCCAUCUUAGGGAGUUCCUGAGUGACCGAGCCAAGAACAAUUACGGUCGAAGCCGGGAAAAUGCAGAGCCUUCGAAGAUAGCAGAAGACUCCCCUCGGUUGACUAACAACAUGAUUUUCAGAGGGAAUAAAAUUAAUGGCAUAACCUUUUCGGAGGCCAAGAAAAUAAAGAUAUCAGUGACCCAUAACAAGAGACUCCGGGAAGUCGCAGAAGAUGACAUCAUCUUCAUGGAAGAAGACGCCGGCGGACUUCUUCUGCCACAUAAUGAUGCCCUAGUAAUUUCUUUCAAUGUCUUAGAUUUCAAGAUUAAGCCUAUUUUGGUUGACCCAGGAAGAUCAUCCAACAUCAUUCAAUAG